CUUCUACUCUGCGCGUUCUAUUAUAACAAAACUUUUAUUGUCUUCGUCAUAUUAUCUAGUUUACCUCUACUAUCCUCUCUUUUCUUUUCGGCCACGAUUCUGACUCUCAUAUCACAUUCUUGUUCCUUCUCUUCUUAAACCACCUCACAGACUAAAUUUUAAUCCAUUCCAUCCAACACUCAUAAGGAC